GGCUCCACUGACACGGUGACGUGUUCUGUCUAUGGCAUAUGGCACCUUGUUACCACUGCAAUGCACAUCAUCAUGGACCUGAAGACUGUGAAUUGUCCUUAUCUUCCUGUGAAGAAAGUCCAGACUGAAAUGCUGGAUCUAGUAAAUGUGACACUGUCCAUCACUGAAACCCCAUUUUCUCUAGAAGAGCAAGAGUUGUGGAUGACCAACCAGGGUCUGUUCCUCAAUGUCAGCAUCAUGGCCAUCCCCUGUCUCUGCUCCAUGGCCCCCAGGGGCCUGGCCCCUAACACCAGAUUGAACAAUGGAAGCAUGGCCUUGAUCGCAGCAGGAAACACUUCCAGGUCAGAGUUCAUCAAACACCUGAAGAGAUACAACAGUGUAAACAAUCACGUGAGGUCAGAC